AUGGGCAUUACGGUUCGACAAGUUGGUGACAGGGGAGUAUGGACUACACCAGACUACACCAUUCGAGCGUGGAACUUCCACACGGGUGAAGCGUUCACGCUCCGUGGACACUGUGAUUUUCCGUAUUAUGAGUUCACUGUACCAAGCACACCGUCUUCUAGUCGAUGGGAGCUACUUACGCACCCUGAAGGUUCGGAUUCGAUAGACCUUUACUUCCACAUUCCUCUUUAUCGUCUUAUGUCUGUUGCUUGUCCUCUGGUCUGGUCACGACUGUGCAAUAAUUACAUGCAGUCAAACAGUAAAAUCCAUGCAAAUCCCGUCGCUGAUUGUUGGUACACCAUGUGCACUGCGUUCGAUCGCAGUGGAUCAUUUACGACAAUGACCUUCAGAGUAGAAAUAUCAAUUGUAUUUAUGCUGAUUAUGGGAACUCAGCGUAAUUGGGUGGUAUUCAAGAAUGCCACACCACGAACGCCACUUACAACAAGGAUGAGUGGAUUACAGACGAAGCAGGUGUUCCUCGUAUUCUCAAACAUCGGAUUGAGCUGUGGGAUGCACGCCAACACUGAGCUACUACUGGAAUUUUAUGCAAUCGAUUUCAUCGGAUCACUGAUGUGACAUUUCAUUGGGUCGGUAUUAUACUGGUAUCGAGGGUUAUCGAGGCAGGUUAUACUCGGUAUGAAGAUACACGUUUUCUUGCCAAGCACGGGAAUCGGGAUUCACUCAGGGUCCACAGCCCCAAGUCGCGCGUCUUCGUCACCUACAAGGCAGAUGUGGCCUCGAGUCUUUCAUCCGGUAUGGUGCUAUAGACGACUCCGUCUCCCAAGAUGCCCUCCGCAUAGGCGAUCACUCUAUCCGUAGCCAGGAAUUCAUAGACGGGCCGCGAACAAGCCUGCCAGGGAUCUCAACUUUGCCUUC